AUGAAUGUGUUAACCCCCAAUGCGGUACAGCAACUGUCACUAUCGUUCUCAAAAUCAUUCUCGUGUUUUGAGUGGCAGAACAAGAGCAAGAAUGUGCUGUCCCUCACAGUGACGGUAGCAAAACCACCUUCCCGGUCAUCUGUGAUACGAAUGGGUGGAGGGCCGAGGACAUACCCAGGUGGGGUGUCCAAGUGGCAGUGGAAGAGAAUGCAGGCCAAGAAGGCCAAGCAGCUCAUGAAGGCGCGGCUAUGCCGGGAGCGGCAGAUAUAUGAAAUGAGGAAGCGGGCUGAACUUAAGGCUGCUGUGUCCGAGCUUGAGAAGCCUUGGGAGGUGGUUGAGAAGGCCCCCAAGUUGUUCUCUAUCAAAGCUGAUGAGCAGCUUAAGGUUUUGGCUGAUAGGUUUCAGAAGCCUGGUGGGUUUGACCUUUGGACUGAAAAGGAUGGAGCACAGUUGUUUCAAACCCCUGAUGAGUUGCCUUCUGCGAGGUUCUUUCCUAAAGGGGUUGUUCAUAGUAUCAAGCCUUAUAUGAAGGUUACUAGUGAUGACUUGUUGGAGGGACCAGAUGUUCUGGAAGAUGAUGAUGGGGAAGGGUAUUGGGCAGAAGAUGUUGUUCAUGGUGAGGGUGGUUCUUCUUUUCCUUUGAAUUAUGGGAAGAAUGGAAUGAACGUUGGUGGCCUAUUGAUAAAUAAUGGGAAUGAAAGGAGGCAUUUGUCAGAGAAUGUUGAUUGGUCUCAUGAUGGGGAAUGUUCUACUCAUUUGAGUAGUGGGAAGAAUGAUUUGAAUGUUCGUGGUGGGUUGAGAAAGAAUGGGAAUGGGAGAAGAUAUUUGUUAGAGGAUGUUGAUUCAUCCCGUGAUGGGGAGUGUUCUUUUUUAAGUAGUGGGAGGAAUGAAUUGAAUAGUCGUGGUGGAUUGAGAAAGAGUGGGAAUGGGAGGAGGUAUUUGUCACAGGACGUUGAUCCGUCCUAUGAUGAGGAGCGUUCUUCUUAUUUGAGUAGUGGGAGGAAUGAACGGAAUGGUCGUGGGGGGUUGAGAAAGAAUGGGAAUGUGAAGAGGUAUUUGCCAGAGGAUGUUGAUCGGUUCCAUAGUGGGGAGCGUUCUUCUCAUUUGAGUAGUGGGAAGAAUGAAUUGAAUGUGCGUGGUGGAUUGAGAAAAAAUGAGAAUGGGAGGAGAUAUUCGUUAGGGGAUGUUGAUCGGUCGGAUAAUGAAGAGCAUUAUUCUUCUUCGAAUUCUGGUAGGAAUGAAUUGAACAAUGGUGCUAGAAUGAGGAAAAAUGGGAAUGGAAGAAAGUUUAUUCCAAAGGGUGUUUAUGAGUCGGAUGAUGCAGAGCGUUCUUCUCCUUCACAUGUGAAGAAUGGAGCGAGUUUUGAUGGCAAAUUCGGGAAUAAAGGGAGUGCAAGGAGGGUUAUAUCCAAGGGUGGUCAUACUGAUCGGUCUAAUGGAACUGGUGAGGUUAGAUCAAGUAGGAAGGAGAGUGGAAGGAGGUUUAUAUCAAAGGAUGUCAAUGGGUCUAAUGGGAUGUAUGCAGGAAGAGAUGGUUCUGGUAGCACACAGAAGGGGAGCCAUUCCAUUAGAGGCAGAAGUUAUAGAAAAUAUACUCAGAGAACUUCAAACAAUGCUUCACCAAGGGUUAGAGAUGCAGAUUCUGAAGUUUAUGAUAUGGGUUUGCAACAAGAUGGAAGUUAUCAAUUCCUAGAGAGUGAGCAAUCUGAUUCUACAAAUUGGUAA